AUUAAAUCUUUAAUUCAUGUCUAUAAAAUUACAUUCACCAUCUGGUUAAGGAAGAACUCAUAAAAUAUUGGUAGCAGCAAAGUUGGCUAAUUUCCAAUUAGAAUUUGUUGAUACAUAAUUAAAUGAGAAGAAUUACAAAGUUUUCUAAGAUAAGUUUCCAUUCGGAAAGGUGCCAGUCUUAGAGACAUAAGAAGGCAAUCUUUUCGAAAGCAAUGCUAUUCUUAGAUAUAUAGCAAGACACUCUGAAGGAUUAUAUGGGUAUGGUUUAUAUUUAAAGUUUAGAAAAACCCCUUAUUAAUAGGGUUUGGUUGAUUAAUGGUUAGAUGUAACAGUAAACGAACUAGAAAGUGAUGUUGUAGCAGCUACAAUAUAAGUUUAAGGUUAGAUUCAAGGAAUUCCUACUUUAUAUAAAAAAUCUUUAACAUAAAUUAAUCAUACAUUAAAUAUAGUGAAUAAUUAAUUAGAGAAAUCUAAAUAUAUUUCAGGAGAAUCAUUAACAGUUGCAGAUAUUGCAUUAGCAUAAGUUGUUACAAUUGUUUUCACAUUAUUGUUAGGAGAAGUAGAAAGAAAUUAAUAUUAACAUUUAUUAAAAUGGUUAAAUGAAAUUAAUUAAAUACCUGAAUGGAGAGCAGUAAUUAAAAAUAAAAAUAUUUUUAGGAAUUUGGUAGACCAAGAUUUGCAAAGAAUGCAUUUACUUUAUCUGAAGUAACUGAGGAAAAGAAGGAAAAGAAAGAGAAAUAAAAAGAAUAACCAAAAUAAAAGGAAUAAUAGGAAUAACCUAAAUAGUAGAAAGAAUAACCUAAAUAGUAGAAAGAAUAACCUAAAUAAUAGAAAGAACAACCUAAAUAAUAGAAAGAAUAACCUAAAUAAUAGAAAGAAUAACCUAAAUAAUAACCAAAAUAAGAGGAAGAAGAUGAUGCUCCAAAAAAGAAGGAAUAAAAUCCUCUUGAUUUGUUGCCACCUUCAACUUUCAAUAUUGAUGAUUAUAAGAGAAUAUUCUUUGCAGAAAAAGAUAUCAAUAAAAAUAUUAAUACUCUCUUUUCCACAAUAGAUUUGAAUGGUUGGUCUUUAUGGUUUGUUAGAUAUAAUAAAGCAGAAAAUGAAGGUAAAUAAAUGCUUCUUACAAAUAAUUUGAUGAAAGGAUUUAUUAAUUAAAGAUUAGAUCAAAAUUUUAGAAAAUAUGCAUUUGCAAUUCACGGUGUGUAUGGUGAUGAACCAAAUCUUUAAACAAGAGGAGCUUGGAUUUGGAGAGGAACUGAAGUGCCAAAAGAAUGGGUAUCUAUAAUUAUAAAAUUGCUAUUAGAAAGAGCAUAUAGCCUAUGAUUAUCAUGAAUUUGUCAAAGUUGAUAUUAAUAAUGAAGCUUAAAAAUAAUUGUUUACUGACUAUUGGGUUAAAUAAGAGGAAGAUGUUUCAGAAGUUGAAGGAUUAAAAGCCAGAAGUUUAUUGUAUUUCAGAUGAGAUAUAUAUUAAAUAUAAGAAUAAAUUGCA